AUGUUACGCUGUACGGGUCUAUUGAACUCCAUCACAGGAGCAGAAGCCACAACCGUCUCUUCAUUAUUACGGCGUUCACUAUUGCUGCGGUGGCGGCUGCUCGCACUGCGGUGGGAUAGUGACACGAAUGUCUGCGUGUUGGCAGACGGAACUGCGGAGGGGCUUCCACGCGGAACACGACUAGAGAUGUACGGUACAAAAGCAAAACUGAUUAAACUCCAUACUCUUGAAAAGGAGAAGUACAAACAUGAUGAUAAGAAAAAUUUAUACAGUAGUAGUAGUACUUUCUCAGAUGAUGUGAAAAUCAUUACGGCGACCAUAGAGAACAUUCUCGCAUCACUGGCGGAGGAUGUGCGAGAAGUAAAGAGAAUGACGAUUUCGCCACCACAGUUAAAUAAUGGUGAAAGUGAAAAUGAUGUGCUCGCUGAGUGGUCUCUUAGCCCAGAAGGAAAAGCAAAAGAAAAACAACAACCAAAGGAACUGAAAGAAGAAAAGGAAAAAGAUUAUCUUCUUAUGGAAAAUGGGAUUGUGUUUCCGACUCCAGAAUCAACAGGUCUUCGGGUGUUACGUGUAGCUCGACAGGCCUUCGCACAUUCAUUAAUAACUCAACUGCAGAGUCAACAGCAGAAACAACAACAACAAGAGGAACAAGAACUUCAUCCAGAACAUCAAAAAAUACUACAAGAAUUACAGGAAGUACAACCAAAAUUAUGCUCGAAUGCUAUUAACAACAACAACAACGAUCCCCUCGCCAUUCUUGAUGUGAGUGAGUUCGAUUGUACGUUUAGUCGUGUGGCGACACAGAUCGCAGUGGAACGCGGUCUAGAACCUGAACAACAAUUUCACGUUAGUUAUGUUCCUCUUACUAAUUCCGCAGCAGCAACGGCAACCGUGGAUACAACUAUUGCAAGUUUAUUACGACUUGUGGCUCAUCCACAGCGGGGUGCCCUCUCAGAUCCACUACAUGCCUUGCAAUCUCGAUACUUUACUCUUGGUUCCUACACUGUCAACUGGGGAAGUGGGAGAAGGAGGAAUAGAAGAAGUGGUAGCAAAACUUACAUGGAGAAAAAAGAGCCUAUAGGAGUUCAACUUGCGAAUGUUAUGUCGAAGAUGCACCGCGGUAGUACACUUAUUGUUAAUCUUGUUGGUGAGAAAUAUCAAGAAGAAGAAGAAGGACAACAAGGACAGCAACAGCAGGAAGAGGAACUGCAGCAACUUCGACAGGAAGCUAAAGCUCUCAUCAGUGAAGCACUUUCACGGGGAUCUCGUUGGGGUGUAAUUAUUGAUGAAGUUUUACCUGCAUGUGAUUGCUAUGACACUGCUGUGUCUUUUAUUGUUUCACUCGAUUAA